UUGACGAAUCAAUAUUUUAGUUACUCCAGUGUAUGGAGAAGAAGAUUGAACUUGAAUGCAAUAGGGCACCGCACAAUCUUGAGUAACGAGUUUAGUUUUUAUUCAUUGUGUGUUAGUUAACUUGUUUAGCAGAUAAAAUAGAAAGAUACUACCAUGGUGUUAGAACAAGACAGGUGUCUUGACUAAAAAGACAUGAAACAUUAUUAAUAAAAUUAGAAAAAGAUACGCUUCAAAAAUAAAAAAAAUACAAAAAGGGAAAUCCGACCUACCGGAUUCGAACCAGUGACCUAAGGAUGCCUGACAGGCUUUUACCCACUACAGUCCUCCGCUCUACCAACUGAGCUAAGGUCGGUUGUUGAAGUUGUAUCAAGAGUUUUUAUUAUUAUACGUUGUAGCAUCCAAUUAGUAAAAAAUACAAAAAAAAAAAAAAGAAAAAAAAAGGGAGUAAGGCGGCAUUUGCCACCUUUUAGGUUGUUUUUUACACAUUCUACGCGUCAAAUAUUUGGUCAAAAAAAAAAAAAAAAAAAAAAGGUGACUCGGUAAUCCCAAAACCUCCACUGAUCCAAAAUUUCGACAUCCACUUUGCAUUCUAAUUCCAAAUCUGAGUUGUAUUAGGAGAAGCAUAGAUUGCCUAUUUAAGCAGCUACAGCUACAGCCAGAGCCACAAUCACAUCUCUCUCAAAUAGUUGCUCUUAUUUCUUAACUUCUAAAUCCAACGUUAACAAAGAAACAAGGAAAGAAUUUAAGAAAGCAAGAAAGAAGAAGGAAAGGAAAGAAUGUGUCCGCUGAGGCUCAUACUCAUCUUCUUGUCCGCCGCGCUCGCCGGAUUCUUGGCUUUGAGGAACCUCGACAACUUGUUCCAAGAUUCUACUACUUGUGCUGACCAUCACCAGGAACUGCUCAGUUCGCUUAAAGAUCAAUCGGCAUCCCCUUCCUUGUCUUCCAAGGUUGCAUCUGCUGCCGGAAAGGGUUUUUGGACCUUCGUUGACAUGGCAAGCGGACACUACCUUUGGAGGACUUUGGUUUCAUCAUCUUCUUCUUCAUCCACAGCUUGAUUAGUGUUUU